UUUUUUGCUGAACAACGCUAAUAAUUGGAGUAUCUGACAAAUUCUAGUUUCUACAGUAGUUAUUAGUGUCUAUUCAUUGUAGGCUUUAAAUGUUUCUAAGGAUAGAGGUUGUGCUUUUUUCAUUCUGCACUCCGGCCCAACAGCAGGCGCUGUGGAAAAGCUGUGUUCCCAAAACUGUCCAUCAUCUGACGAACACUUAGCCGGCCUAUUUCUAGCUUUUGACAACAACGACUCUGUCGACAAUGUUCAUAUCUUGAGUACUGACUCCAAAACUGCCUCAACCUCCUUUUAGUCAGUUGCCUUUUUAUUAUUUGAGGCUGUAUAUCAUGGAGACGUCAGCACCCAAAAGCAAGCUGAAAAAGCUGAGUGAAGACAGUCUGACCAAACAGCCAGAGGAAGUGUUUGACGUGCUAGAGAAACUGGGUGAAGGUUCAUAUGGCAGUGUGUUCAAAGCCAUUCAUAAGGAGUCCGGCCAGGUGGUGGCCAUCAAGCAGGUUCCUGUGGAGUCUGAUCUGCAGGAGAUCAUCAAGGAGAUUUCCAUCAUGCAGCAGUGUGACAGCCCUUAUGUAGUGAAGUACUAUGGCAGCUACUUCAAGAACACAGACCUGUGGAUUGUCAUGGAGUACUGUGGAGCCGGCUCCGUCUCUGACAUCAUCAGACUGCGUAACAAGACGUUGACUGAGGAUGAGAUUGCCACCAUCUUGAAGUCCACACUAAAGGGUCUUGAAUACCUCCACUUCAUGAGGAAGAUCCAUCGGGACAUCAAAGCAGGAAACAUCCUCCUCAACACUGAGGGACAUGCCAAACUGGCAGACUUCGGUGUAGCUGGACAACUAACGGACACUAUGGCAAAGAGAAACACUGUGAUUGGUACACCUUUCUGGAUGGCCCCAGAGGUGAUCCAGGAGAUCGGCUACAAUUGUGUGGCUGACAUCUGGUCCCUGGGGAUCACAUCUAUAGAAAUGGCAGAGGGAAAGCCUCCCUACGCUGACAUCCAUCCCAUGAGAGCUAUCUUCAUGAUCCCCACCAACCCACCUCCAACAUUCAGAAAGCCUGAGCUUUGGUCAGAUGAAUUCACAGACUUUGUCAAGAAGUGUCUGGUCAAAAACCCAGAGCAGAGAGCGACUGCCACACAGCUCCUACAGCACCCAUUCAUCAGCCAGGCCAAGGCAGUCACAAUCCUGAGAGACCUGAUAACUGAGGCCAUGGAGAUGAAAGCCAAGAGGCAGCAGGAGCAGCAGCGAGAGCUGGAGGAGGAGGAGGACAACUCUGAAGAGGAGACGGAGGUGGACUCUCACACUAUGGUAAAGUCGGGUUCUGAGGGUGCAGGGACCAUGCGGGCCACAAGCACCAUGAGUGAUGGUGCACAGACUAUGAUUGAACAUGGCAGCACUAUGUUGGAGUCAGACCUGGGCACUAUGGUCAUCAACAGUGACGAUGAAGAGGAGGAAGAAGACCAGGGAUCAAUGAGAAGGCAUGCCACCCCCCAGCAGCCAAUACGCCCAUCCUUCAUGGAUUACUUUGACAAGCAGGACUCCAACAAAGCAGCUCAGCAGCAGGAGAACUACAACCACAACCAGCCGCAGGAGCAGUCUGGUUACCACAUACAGUCAAAGAACAUCUUCCCUGACAACUGGAAGGUCCCUCAGGAUGGAGACUUUGACUUUUUGAAGAACCUGGACUUUGAAGAGCUGCAGAUGCGCCUGAGUGCCUUGGAUCCCAUGAUGGAGCGUGAGAUAGAGGAGCUCCGGCAGCGCUACACGGCCAAGCGGCAGCCCAUCCUGGAUGCAAUGGAUGCUAAGAAGAGAAGACAACAGAACUUCUGAGUUAUCCUCCUUAUCACCUCAGCUUCUAGCCUGGGUUUUCCAAAGCCACCACUACCACAAAACCUAUGUUUUGUUAAGUGACUUUAUUGCUGUUGUUGGAAGCCAACUGCAGCUCAGACUGGCUGCUAACCAUCCUCUGAAUGAUGUUAGAUGAGUCUUUCCCUGGGUGACAUUGGUUUUGGCUCCUGGAAUCCACAUGUAUCAGCCUUUUUUUCUACACUAUGUCUAGAUACUGUUCCUUGAUAUUGAAUCAUUUGUUUCUACAGUUCAGCAUUGCUUUGACAUAAAUCAUGCUCAGGACUGUGGCCACAGAGAGAGCCUUGGUGAUCGUACAUCCGAAAUGAUCUUCUCCUUUUGCAAACGAAACUACCUUUGAUGUCAAUCAGAGAGCCCUCUGGAAACAGCCAGGUCAGCAUUUUACCUAGCUUAGUAGCAGGGGUUAGAAGCAGUGUGGUCAGUGACACGUGGAUUUUUUUUUUUCCCUCAGACUUUUUGCUUUCAUUGUAAAUAAAACUUGGAGCCUAGUUUGGAAAUGUCUGCAACAAAACCUGCAGAGGUUUGUCUAUGACCAAAGACAAUCAAGACGAUGUUUAUUAAGUUGAGAAUGCCUUAAAAUAUUCAAAGCCUGGUUUUUAAAGUAAACCAAGUAAUAAAAAACAGCAAGGGCUGGUUCAGUUCAUUUCCUCAUGUAGAGAUGAGUUGGAAUGUGAAAAACAAAUGUUUGUUAGGAUAGACUGAAAUGACAGAAGUCAUUUGAAUGGUAAAGUGUGGAUCAAAUGUGUCUUCAA